AUGGCGGAGGCGGGAAAGGGACAGGUGCAUUUGGGCCUGCCCGAAGAAGCGUCGACACAGUGGCCCUUGCAGCGUUAUGGCCGCUUCAUGCUCUCAGACGUGGGAGAGCAAUUGGGGCCAGACGCAGAAACCGAGGCGGCCUCUGCCCCUACUUGGAAGGUCUUUGAUUCCAAUGAAGAAUCAGGAUAUCUUGUUCUCACCAUUGUUAUAUCAGGUCAUUUCUUCAUUUCUCAAGGAAAGACACUGCUGGAAGGGUUUUCACUCGUCGGCAGCCAGAACUGGUUAAAGAUUGUGAGACGGAUGGAUUGCCUGUUGUUUGGAACAACGAUAAAGAACAAGAGUCGAAUGUUCCGGGUGCAGUUCAGUGGUGAGUCCAGGGCACAGGCCCUAGAACACUGCUGCAGCUGUGUGCAGAACCUGGCUCAGUACACGGUUGUCCAGGAGCCUGACGGGAUCAACAAGGAGGCCUGGCGUAGCCCUGGUCCACUGAGGGCAGGUGAAGGCCCAGGGAAGGACUGUGUGCAGAAGGAAGGACUGCAGCCUGGAUCACAUGCCUCACAGUCAAAAGAAGUAGUAUGCCUAACAUCCAGCAUGAAGCCUCCAGAAGGAAGAACCUCAGUGGCCUGGUUAGCUGAGUCAUUCCUGGCUUCUGAAGAGCUGCCUUCGGUGUAUACAGAACAGUCUGCCUGGAAUGUGGAAGACAUAGGCCCUUUCCUACGCUUGUGCCUCAUGGAUCAGAAUUUCCCAGCAUUUGUGGAAGAGGUAGAAAAGGAGCUAAAGAAGCUGGCAGGGUUUAAAAUUUAAUGUUCUAUGUAACACAGAACUAUGAA